AUGGGGCAGCUAGAUGGCUUUUACCUCACUGCCUUCGACUCAUACGGUGUAAGAUCAAGUGAUGGUGCGUACUUUGAUGCCAACAAGCAUAAGAAGAAAUGCUUGAAAACCAUCGGCCCCGUGGUGCUCAGCGUGGUUGUUAUCGUACUUUGGGCGUAUUUUGCAGCAAAAAUCACGUCUCCUUCUGGGAAGGCGUCCAAACUUCUGGACAAAAUCCAUGAACGGAACAGGGCGACUGAUCAGCGAUGGGGCAAGCUGGAAAGAACGUCUGUGUUCCCUACGUUAUCUGCCCCUGGGUCAGGCGGCACAGGAUUACUCCCUGGGUCUAAGACUGGGUUACCUGGGGCUACUGGAUCUCCUGGAGAAGAGAUUACCGCGGGGAUGGGUGGUCAGGCUGGGUUAUCUGGGUCUGUUGGCUCUCCUGGAGAAGAUGGUUCAGUGGGAAUUGAGGCUGGGUUACCUGGGUCCACUGGAUCUCCUGGAGAACAGGUUACUGUGGGAUUGGAUCAACAGCAUGGGUCUACCACAAAAAAGUCACCCCCGGGAGUGGACCGUCAGGCUGCAUUGCAUGGGUCUACUGGGUCUACUGAAUCAAAGAUCCCCAUGGCACGGAGGUGCAGGGCACAGUGGGUCAUGAUGGCAAUGGGUGACCAGGCUGGGUUACAUGGGUCUACCGGGUCUCCAGAUGUAAAGGGUCAAACUGUACUUGGGUCUACUGGAUAUCCUGGGUCUACGGGCCCCAUGGGAAUGGAGGGUCAGGAUGGGGUAACUGGGUCUACUGGAUCUCCUGAAUUAAAGGUCCCAGUCAGAAUGGAGGGUCAGAAUGGGGUAACUGGGUCUACUGGAUCUCCUGAAUUAAAGGAUCCCAAGGGAGUGGAGGGUCAGGAUGGGGUAACUGGGUCUACUGAAUCUCCUGAAUUAAAGGACCCCAUGGGAGUGGAGGGUCAGGAUGGGGUAACUGGGUCUACUGGAUCCCCUGAAUUAAAGGACUCCAUGGGAGUGGAGGGUCAGGAUGGGGUAACUGGGUCUACUGGAUCCCCUGGGUCUACGGGCCCCAUGGCAGUGGAGGGCCAGGAUGGGGUAACUGGGUCUAGUGGAUCUCCUGAAUUAAAGGAUCCCAUGGGAAUGGAGGGUCAAGAUGGGGUAACUGGGUCUCAUGGGGCUUUAGAAGGGGGGCUCACGGUGAUGAGUGGUGAUGAUGCAGGGGGUAAAACAACGUCUGGACCUCCGUUGGUGGGAUCGAGCUCUUUCAAGCACCCCGAAACAUCUGCCUGGCGUGACUUGAAUAGAGAUUGUGAAAUACCAGACUACGUUCGUUUUAACGGAAUUUGCUACAAAAGCUUUACGGAGCGGGUCACAUUUGAAGAGGCUAGACAGGCGUGUGCGGCAGAGGGGGGUACUCUCGCCAUGCCCAAGGACAGCGGCACUAACACUUUCAUCCACAACCUAGCAAGGGAAGUCAAAGGCCGCUGGAUCGGGCUGAGUGACCUAAACAACGGCCUGUGGGUUUUUGAGGACGGCCAGACCCUGAAGUCGGCCGGUUACUCUAACUGGCGUCCUGGGGAACCGAAAGCGAGUAACCAGUACUGGGGUGGGUGUGUUGGGUUCUGGUAUCACUGGGACACGUGGGAUGAAAAAGACUGUACUAAACUCAGAGGUUUCAUCUGCGAGCUACCAGGCUAUAUGUAA